AAACCUGUGACCGCUCACCUGCGUUCAGAGUUCCUCUAAGCAGGAAUGCACUUUGGAAUUAGACCUGCUCAAUAAACCCUCAGUCAAACUCAUCUCAACCUAACAAAAGCACAGGACAGACUGAAGACGUAGGAGCCAAAGGAAAAACCCACCCCUUCCCUGGGAUACUGAGCCUAAUGUUAGGAUCCAAAAGGGGCCUUAUCUGCUCCAAGAAGCCUUGAGGACAUUCUGAGGCCUGGGUAGAGUGAGCUAUCUGACAAGCAGCCCAGCAGUUCUUGGAGAAGCCACCCAGGCCAGGGAUUUGAAGAUCUGCGACAGAGCCUCUCAUUUGUAAUCAGAUGAAGCAGCAGAUAAUCCUCUGCCUGGAUCCAUCUUGCUCACUGCUGGAGUAGGAGGAGGAGACAGGGAGGUAGUAUUGGAGGGAGGGGGGGGAGUUACCUGUAGCUGCAACGGGAGGAAGUGGCUUUUCUCUCCCUUACAUGGUCCUGGAUCGAUGUGGGCGAUCAAGAGGAGCACUGGAAUGAGUGAACUCUGACAGAGAGAGAGAGCACCAGGUCCUGACCCUGACCGCAACUGAAGGCCUCCCUCAUGGAUUCAAGCAAGCGACGCUUAUCGGACCACUGUCCCUCUGACUGCCUGUCAGGUUCAGGAUGCACAUGGGAUGCCCUGGGACCCCCCUUCUACCCACUCUCCAAGAGCUCUUCGGAAGUUGCUCAGACUCCACUGUGCCAGGAGGAGUUGGCUAGGAACAAGCUGGACCUCCGGAAGAGCCUGAGUACUGCUGUGUGCCACCUGCAAAUGCCCGAAGCCAACUACCACGGGACAUCUCGGGGCAACUGGGAAAGAGGCACACAGACAGCAGGAGAGAGGGCGCCAGGAAAUGUUUUUGCUGCAGCCCAUCCACAAAGUGUCAUGGAAACACACAACUCCCAGUCAACUCCAAGAGAAGCAGAGACCAUUGGAGUAACUGUGAACUAUCACCACUGUUUGGACAAAGAGCCAUACAGAGCUCCUACAGUGACAGUACAGGAGAACCACACUACCGCCCCUCACAGGGACCUCUGCACAGAAAGGCUGGGGGUGAUCAAACAAGCAGUCCAGAGGAGCCAUUCAGACAGCCUGCAUGUGCUCAAGGAGAGCCACUGUCCCGGGCAGCUGAUGGCUUGCAGUGAGACCAGCUUUGCAUGUGCCGGGCUGGGCUUGUGCAGCACAGAAAGCCCAGGCUGCCCAUCGCUCGUGUGCAAACAAGCCAUGCAGCUGCGACAGAACAACACACUGACUACCUGCCACACGAGCAGCAGCAACAGCUCUGCUCAGCAGAGCGUGAGGAUAUGUGUGCCCAGCCCCUCACACACCAGCAGGGACAGCAAAUCAAGACAUGCAGCUUGUGGGGAUGUUUGUUUUGGCCACUCAGUAACUCCUGGGGGAUCGGAGGACACCUUUGCUGCCUUCUGCCACUCUCUCCCUAUCCCCACCCCAGCCCAGCUGCUCCCGCGGCUGGUGAGCUCAGUUAGCGAGUGCAGCAGACAGCGGCACCCUGCCCAUCCCGCCAACCUCAGCUUCCCCAGGCUGGUCUCCUCUGUCAGUGAGACAGGGCUGGAUGCCAAACGCAUGGUACACUGCUGUAGUCUUGACGGUCGGGACCAGGAGAUAGCCUUCACUAGCGGCGGACAAGUACAGCAAGAAGCAUGCAGGAAGACCAGAGAGAUGGGAACAAUGACCUUACCCAGUGAGCUGAGAGACGUAGGGGUGCAGACGGGCCCUCCAGAGUCGCCUCCCCCACAUGUGUUCCCCGAGGUUAGCCUACAGGAGGAGAAGGCUGCAGCUUCUGGGCAGAAGUCCCCAGUGAAGGAAGUGGUGUGGGAUGCAGAAGGGAUGACAUGGGAUGUGUAUGGGGCUUCAGUGGACCCGGAAGUGCUGGGAUUGGCUAUCCAGAAACAUCUAGAGCUGCAGAUCAAGGAAACGGCUAGCCGUGCUUCAAGACUUUCCCGCACAGACACCAACAGCACCCAGAAAAGUAGCCAGAGGAGGAAGAGGGGAAGUGUAAUGGGCUCUCUAAAAAGCCCAGCCUGCUGUGCCCGCUCCACGAGUUCUGUGGACUGACGUGGACAAAUCAGACCCACUGAGUGGCAAGGUGGACCCUCUGCUUGUGACCCAAAUGGGAGGUCUACAGUGAUCUGGGCUGCAGUGCCUCUGAAGGGGCACCCAGGACAGCACCCAUCCUGCCAAUCCUGAGGGAGGACAGAAUCAGGAUGAUCUUCAGCUCUGGCUGCAGGUCAAACUAUAUCCCCACUCGUGACACAGCAGGCACCCACUCUGGAACUCCACAUGGCAGUUUUUAAUCAUAACUGUAAUAAUGUCACUUAUUACUGUGUGUUAUUAGUCACUUCCAGUAGCUGAUAAAAUGGCAGUCUGCUUCUUAAUUCAAGUCAUUGAUUUUGAGUUCAAUUAGAAAUCGUUAUACUGCUUGCUGCUUCACGACUGCAGAGGAUCUGCUUGCCAGUCAAAUCAUACUUUGAUUAGGGAAGCUUGUAUAAUAGUCCAGACGGGGCCAGGGAAAAGCCCAAACAAGGGAUCUCAACAUUAGGGUUUUCUCUUGAGUUUAUCCUUGACAUGGAAUCAUUUUAAAUGCUAUGUUAUUGAAGUAAAAUCAUUAAAAAAAGAAACACCCUAGGUGUGCUCCUAGCAGGUUGCUCCCCAGGAUUUUAAAGGAAGCUGGUGCCACUUUAUUUCGUGGGUGAUAGAUGUUUGAGGGCCAGGAAUGAGUCAGAAACGACUGUAGGUACCCCCCCCCCUCCAGAAAAUGAAGAUCUUGGGCUUUUCAUACAUUUAAAGAAGACAAUUCCCAGCAAUCUAGUUAUGCAAAAUCCCAAAUCAGCAACCCAUAAAAUGUGUUUUUUUAUAUUAGUAUUUGGAAAUAUAUUGUGUUUCUCAGCUAUGGUCCUGGCCCUGUCUCUUCUGGCUUUAAACCAAAUAUGUUUUUAAUUGCUUCGGUUAAUUGAUUGAAUAGAGCUGCUUGCUUGAACUUGUUCAAACCCCUUUCAGCAACUGGUCCUUGAAAAAAAAAUGUCUGCUGCAGAAGUGCUCUUGUCAAGAAAUACAGGAAAGCUCUGCUAGGUUUGUCUUCUGCUUACUUUAAAAGGAAACAGAGCUCAAUUAUCCCCCAAAGUUAAGGUGUGGAAUGAAAGCCAAAAAAUACAGGAUCCUCAUUGACCAGAAUCUCAAACUGCUGUGCUAGAAAACAGACACGACAGUGCAGCAAAAUUGUUAAAAACAUUCAGGAGACUCCUGGUGCACAAUCGUUAAAGACUUGGUAGAUGAACAGAUGAAUCACGGCAGUAGGUACCAUAUAUUCUGCUGAGAUUUGUAUCUCCUAUUUAAGAAAUCCUGUUUUUCCGAAUUACCCAGAAGCAAAAAGGUAUCAGACACAAACUUCUGUUAAAUAUCUGUUUUUAUCAACCAUGAUAGUUUUAACAACCACACCAUUAAGGUGGUUUUACUGUGUUUUAUGAUGAGAUAUAAAGACAACACUGUCAUAUCCAAUAUCAAUGCAAUAUCUCCUUUCUCCCCCUCCCAGUGAAACUGACACUGUUUAAAAGUGAACCAAAACACGUCACUGCAUCUGUCCUGUCCUUCAAGUGUUCUUUAUGUUUUAUUCUAUGGUUAAAUUGUAUUUAUGAAAAUCCGUUUUAAACUCCGCACAGCAGAACCUGAUGGUCAAACUCGGCACUUGAUACGUGUUUAGCAAUGUAUAGGUGUAACUCCCACAACAUUGUAAUCUAGUGUUGUGUGUUUUGUGCUUGCACUGUGCUAAGUGUAACCCUGUUCUGUUGUUGUAAGGAGUCUAUAAGCUUGAUAUGAGUGCUGGGUUUUAGCAGUCAUUAUAAACUCAGGUUUUGAAUGUCUUGCAAGACAUUCUGACAUGUCUUUCACUUCUGUUCACUGCAUUACAUAAACAAUGUUGUUUCUCUAGAAUCAGUCCAGAGAAGAGCAUUAGGACACAUUCCUGGACAUGAGGGAAUGUCCUACAUGACAGGCUUAAGGAACUGAAUCCUCUUAGUCUUGAACGGAGACGAUUACGAGGGGACCUGAUCCCAGUAUCCAAAACCCUCAAAGGCUCCGAAAAAGUCAAUGCAGUGAACUACUUCAGCAUGAACAGUAGAACACAAAUCAGAGGAUAUGAAUGGAAAUAGUAAAAGAGCUUUUGAAAAAGAGAACAGGAGGCAUGUUUAUGAACAGGUUUCAAGGAGUCUCACCGUGCUGUCAGUGAAGUGAAGUUGUGGGUCAUAAUAAGUAUGAUAACCUCCUCUCAUUUGUAUCUGCAUACGUUUUUAUAUAACUGUGAAAUUACUAUAUACAGUAUAUGGAUUCCUGAACGAUAAGGUAAUCUACAGCUAAAUCAGAAGCAAAUAAAGCUACAGAACUAUAUCAUUAAGGUUAAAGACACAGGAGAUGCUUAGCAAUGUAUUUUAUUUCUCCCCUGUUGUCACUAAAAUUCCUUUAAAAGCAAGGUGCAGUGGAUAGCUUUACUGUCUUACAGUGCUGGGACCCUGGAUUCAGCUCCAGACCUGAGGUGCUAUUGAGUUUAUAGGUUCUCCCUGAGUUUGUUUGGGUUUACCCUGGGUGCUGUUUUUUUCAUAUUCCAAAUACAUUAUGGUAGGUUAUUUGCCUUCUGGGAAAACUGCCUUGGUGUGAGUAUGUGUCUGUGUUAUAUAUCUGUCUGCCCUGUGAUGGAUUGUCCUGUCCAGGGUGUAUCCUGCCUUGUGCCCGUUGCUUGCCAGGAUAGGCCCUGGCUCCCCUGCUACCCUGUUUUGGUUACAAAUUGGAUGGAUGGAGUUCCUUUAAGAGACAGAAUACUAUUUAUUCUGAGAAACACCACAGCCAAAUAGCAAUUGCAUCAAACUAACAAUUACUCAGCUCUCGGCUUUUAUCCCUCCCAAUAGACACUCGUGUAGCAGAGGCCACGGUUGUCCUAUGAGAAAGGUCAUACCUGCAGUUUCUCCAUAGCACAACUAGUAUCUUAGGCCCAGCUGGCGCCAAUCCGUCAACUUUACUCCAUAGCUAUUGUGUAUAAAAACAGUAAUACAUGAGGCAUUUUUACAUUAUUGAACCUGAAAAAGUUAUGGUCAUUUUUAAGGGAUUUCCUCUGCUGAUUGUUUCUGUUUUCAAAUUUUAUCCUGCCAGAUAUUCCAUUAGCAUCAAUUUGAUUUAAUCAUUUAUAUUGCUGUUGAUUUAGUUAUGUGUUUUUAAAAUUGCUGAAUAAAACAGUCUAAAUCACACAUGUGAUAUGAACUAUUUCUCACUUUUUAUUCCCAAAGUUCAAUGGACAGAUUUAACAAACAAACUUAUAGGUAGCCACAUGACCUAAUAAUGGUAUUGUUAUGUUACUGCCAUUCAUUAACCCCAGCUCAGGAACAAUGAGACUCUAGAGUUACAUUGAUGUAACUCACCCAGUCCAUUACACUAUGAUGAAUUAUCCUCACAGAGGCAUUCCUUCAUUUAUCAGCUCUCAAUGCACAGAGGCACCAGAAACUAACAGAAUGAUAUACUAGAACUGACUAAGCCAUGUGUGCCCUCUAUCUAAGUGAAGGCACAUACAGUAUAAAAAUGAUAGAAUAAUGCAAAUGGAGCUAAUUUGUCUAUAGUGUAGUGGCAAUAUGUAGUGAUUUUCACUCAGGAUGCCAGGCAAAGCUCACACAUAUAAGUAUAAAGGAAAAUCUGUUCUUUUCAUGAAGCAAUUUGAUAAAACCAAUUGUAUUGUCAUAUAGUGUAAGGAAUCAUAAUUAAUUAUUAUAAUUAUUUUAGCAAUAGAAGAUUAUGGAUAGGAACUAUAGGAUUGCAUAGUGUAUGAAACAAAGUAAAGUUUAAUGGGUCUGGUUUGGGUUCUAUACUGAUAUUCAUUUUUAAUUGCUUGUUUAGGUAUGUUUGUUUGCAAGGGAAGAGUGAGGGUCUCUCUCAGCAACCUGUCCUUAAGAAGAUUUUAGGAAUGAUUAUGAUGAUGUUUGUUAUAAAAUGAUAAAUGCAACCUAGAAAGCUAUAAAGGAUUAGUGCAAACUAAAAUACAUACUGUAUAUAUCUCACUCCUUUUCUGAAAGUUAACGUAGAUAACGUAGUAUAGCACAUGACAUCUUGGAGUUGGAUUUUUUUCUCUCACGUAAAUUUGAAAGACUGGAGAACAUCUGGAGAAACUCUGGAGUUUGAAAAAAGAUAAACAGAACUUUUCGGUGGUGCACAUAGCUUUAAACAAAUCACUCUGUUCUUUCAGAUUAUCUCAGCUUGACCCUAGGACAGAAACAUUUUUCAAAUUCUGGACCAGACAGCUACAAAUUGUCUUUCCAGACCAUGAGCUCUAAUUGAUAUCACUGUGGAAUUUCUGCUUAGUCAGACCUGUCUCCAUAGAGGGCCUCCAAAAUCACAAGCUGGUGAAACUGGAGUGAAGCAGUAAUGAACUGCACAAGUGAACGAGGUCAGACUGUUUCAGCACUGUGACAUUCCCAACAACUUCGUUACCCAAAGCUUCUGUAAUUCCCAGGACAAUGUGAUUCUGGACAUUUAUAUUUAUACUCCCUCCUACCAAAGUGAUAUGCCCAACAGGAGCAGUCCACCCAGUUUAAAGAACACGGCACAGCACAUGGAAUGUUCCAUAAUUCCUGAGGACUGUAAAGUAGUAGCAUACAUGGCUUUUUCUUCAGUGUGCCAAGAAAACGAAGACUGCAAUGAAGAGUUUCGAGGUAUGAUUGUUGCCUCUGGAGUGUUGCUGAAGGCAACAGUAGAACUAAUGUAUCAGUUCAGAUGACUUCAAGGGUUUGCAGAUAAGUAAUCAUCAAUUACAAUCUACAGAAUCUACUGACCUGCUGCUCACAUCUUAAGCAGAGCUAUAUAAGCUGCUUUCUCAGCCUUCUGUGAAAAUUUAAAAUAAUUAACAAUUGUGUCUUGUUGCAGAUAUACUCAUGGCUAGAAUUCAGUAGACCCAUUGUCAGGGUCAUUUUCUUUUAAUUGACUAGAAGUAAAAUUCUACUUAUCUGAGAGAAAUUGACAACAUUAAACCUUCACUUAUUUUUUAAUGUUUUUCCAUUGUAUUAUCAGCUUUAUGUUUGACUUUCUUAUGUCAUUUGGUCUGAGAAGGUUCUUUAGAGUGUGGAGCAGAUAUCUGUUAACCAAGGCUCCAGUCUCUUUCUGGUCCCACUCAGAAAGAGUGCUGAGCUACUCAUCUGUGUGCCCUGUCCUCAUAGGAGUAGCUCUGGCACCUUUCUGCCUACUGCUCAAUUCAUGUAUGGGGUAAAUCAUCUGCGUCUUAAUAAAAUAUCCAAAUUUUAAUUAGUUUUCCUUGUAUAUGCAAUACUAAGGAGCUGCUCACUAUUCAUGCCGCUAGUCAGACUGAGUGACAGAUAUUACUUAUUCUACUGUCUAGCUGUCCUGCAAUAAUUUAGCAACACCAUUACCGUAGCAAAAUUUUAAUGCCUGAUUUCUGUGGCUUUUUUGUUAAGUGCUGGCCAAGGGAGUCAUCGCUUUGAUAAAGAUACUGCACUCUUACACAUCAAGUGAUCUGCUCUGUUUUUGUGACCAGUGCUUUUAGUGGCCCUGGUCUUCUACUCAUUUCCAAGCUAAAAUGCUUUUUCACCCUGAAUUCAGUGCCCAGUUCACAGUUCAGAUGAGCAGGCACAUUCCCGAGUAUUCACAGUAAAGGGGUCUUUUUGAGCGGCUUUUGUCAUCUUUCAAUGACUAACCCUGCGCGAAUCAGCACUGAUCACUGAUGAUGGUGGUAACACAGUAUUUUUCAUUGUCAAGGCAGGCCUUCUGCACUUCUAAAGCACUGUCAAUGUUUUUCAGACACUUUACAGAAGUAAAUAUGUGUAUAGAAAUCGUCAUUGUAUUUCAAGCAAUAAUCUCCCUUAUUUUGGUUUUGCGAUAUAUUUUUGUUUGGAGAAAUUGUCCGUCUGGAAACACCUCCUAAGUUGAACACCUCAUGCUCUGUGUAAUCAAGUGUGCUCUAGCCAGAGGGUCAAAUUCCUACAGCUCAGUUGAAAAGACAAUAUUUCACGACCUGUGAUAAGGAAUCGUCUGAAUAUACUGUAAUAAAAUGCAGUUAUGCUGGACGACAAGUACAAAUCACCUGAUCUGGUUCAAUGGCUCUCAUUCUCAUGUGAAACUGGUUUUGUGAAGCUUAUUAUCUAAAGACAGUAUUUUUUUAGAAUAGGUGGUUUAUGUUUGCCAGAGAUCAGUUGUUAUAACCACACUCGACCCAAGGUGAUGUCUGUUAGUUAUUGUUCUUGUCCUGGAUAUGUGAAAGUAGCAGAGUCUGUUCAGUCAUCAGACUGGCCAGUGCCAAAGUACAAGUAAUCUCAGAACCUAAGAGCAUAAAAAAUCUCUAAAAUGAGGAAAAACUCUUCUUCGCAAAGAUGUAGAACACUCUACACAUUGCUAAUCUUCUCCUUCACAAGAGAAUGUUAAGGACAUGGAUUUGUUCAUUCCUACUUAUUCAGCACCAAUAACUCAACCUUGUUUUUAUGGGAGGGAGCUUAUGUGUCAUAUCGACCAUUCCCAUCUUUGGGAGUUCAUCUGUUUCUUGUGAGAACUGAACUGUCUGCUUCUGUUCCAGUAUAAUCCAACAUGCUGAAGGGCUGUCAUCUGUCUUUAGAAUUUAUAUUUAGCUCUGUACACAAAAAAAAAUACACGUUGUGUCGAUGUAUUUUGGAACUGUUUUGUUUGAUUGUCUAUUUAAAAAAAAUAAAGUUCCAGUGAACCCA